CCCACUUGGUGUCCUCUCUCCCGGGGCAGGCUGGAAGCAUGGCAGGACGCAGAGCUGCUAUCAAGGCCAUUGACUGGGCGGCCUUCGCCGAGAGGGUGCCCCCCAACCAGAGGGCCAUGUUCAACGCCCUGAAGACCCGCAGCGACGCGCUCUCGGCCCGGUUGGCUGCUCUGCCAGAGAAACCCCCGACCAUCGACUGGGCUCACUACAAGGCUGCUGUUGCUAAAGCUGGCAUGGUGGAUGAGUUCCAGAGUAAGUUCAGUGCACUGAAGGUUCCUGAGCCAAAGGAUACACAAACCGCCAAAAUUGAUGCCCAGGAGGCGGAAGCUGCAAAGAGCACUGCUGAGUACGUGCAGGCUUCCAAGGCUCGUAUUGCCCAGUAUGAGCAACAACUUCAGAAGCUCAAAAGCAUGAUUCCCUUCGAACAGAUGACGUUUGAAGACUUGCACGAUGCCUUCCCUGAAACCAAACUGGACAAGGAGAAAUAUCCGUUCUGGCCCCACAAACCCAUUGCUGAUCUGUAAACUUGUCUGGAAGCGGUUUGUCUUAACGACUGUCAGACUCUAUGAUCUUUUAAAUAAAGUACUUUCCCUCCUGUC